UUCUUCCACCAUAAACAAAGUGUUUUUUCUCGCGAAAAAGUUUCAUUUAAAUUAACUAAUAGUCCCACAACAAGUCGUAUUUUAUGAAUAAUAAUCCAUCCUACCAUGCGCACGUCUGAAAUGUUAUGAAGUUUACUCCGAGUGGAAUUUUCGAUCGAUAAUAAUGGACAUCUUUCAAAAUCAAUGCACAGAGAGCCUCGGGUUCGAUUCAAUGCUGGCCUCGAAUCCCAUAAACUCUCCCCUUCAAAGUACUGAUUCGUCAACACAGCUAACGUUCAGUUCGUGUUCAUAUUUCACGACGAUUCCAUCUACGAACUCGACUGUUUACACAGGUGAAACCAAUUCGCCUUCCGUCCACAGUUCUGUGGCCGUUUGUACUGGUUCUAUGGGAGGAUCGUCUGGUCCGAAUGAUGUGGUCCUGCCGAGCAUUUUUGUUAAGGUUCCAAAGCAGAUCAACCAACAGUAUCAGCAACAGAAUCAAUCUCGCAGUAAUGCCGCCGAAAUCAAAAGUGAAGAUAAGUCGGAACCAAUCAAACGUGAACUGGGAGACCUCAGAGCGCUGGAGAAGGGUACUGCUAUGGUUCAACUACCUAGUGUAGCCGAAAGAUAUCUAACGGAUGAUCGUCAGGAACGGCAAGAAGAGCCCGAGUUAAGCGUGCAUUGUUGCGAAUUUUGCCCGUUCGUUACGAUAGAGGAGCAAGUUUUUCGGGAGCAUAUUCAUAGCAAACAUCCUACGAGAAACAGGGAAAACGUAGAACUAAUGAACUGUCCAGCUUGUGGGAACAAGUUUCGUAAGAGAAAUUCAUUGGAAGUUCACUUGGUCGAUGACCACAUGAUGUCUCGUUCCGAAAUGAGAAUACUAGUGGAGCGGAGGUUUCCACAAUCGGAACCAUUAGAAUCACUAGCUGUAAAUGCAGUACAGCAGGAAAAUGUAGCUCUGAUUCCAUCCUCUCUGCCAUCGGCCGUACCAGAUCAAAACAAAAGUCGUAUUUACAUUAAGAAUGUGCAAUUGCUCAAAAAGCCUGAUGUGAUAGAGCAAGAAAACGUCCAGCAUGCUCAAGAACAGCAAGCUGAACAGCAGCAAAGUAGAAAAAUUUUCAUUCGUAACGUAUCCCUGCUGCAAAACGCAAGUUUUGUUCAAAACGUGGAUAAUGUCUUCCAAAACCCAUCAGGGCUACAUGAAAGCAAGUAUAGCUUCGUGGUUCCUGCUCCAAGUCCCAACAGUCAAUCACCUCCAAUAAGCAUCAGUGAAGCUAAUAACACAACUCCUCAGCGCAGUAAAAUUUUUAUCAGGAACGUGGAUAUUUUGCGUAACCCACUUCUCCCAAUAACACCACCAAGUAUAGUGUCAACUUGUGAAAUGAGCCGAACUAGCAGUAGUGAGAGCCUAUACACAACACCGCCACCUCCUGUGAUCAGUCCGGCAACGUCAGUCACAAGUAUCGGUGGAAAUUCGAUGGGAUGUUCCGGUCUGAAUAUGGUAAUCAUUCCUACGCCAAUUUGUAGCAGCAAUUCGUCGACCCCACCGAUGAUUUCUACUCCACCUGCAAUUACUGUAGCUAGUGCUGAAUCGAUGCUAUCAAUGCCGACAAGAAAGAGCAAAAUUUUUAUCAAGAACAUCAGUGUUCUCAAGCAACCGACAAUCCAUUUGAAGUCAGUAGAUGAGCUUAAUCUGAUGACUAUCGAUCAACUUCAGCUUCAAAACUUACUUCCGACGACAGCAAACAGUGCGCAAAAUUUGGAAAAUGGAGAUCUAUCGAGAGACGAUGAAACUCAACCGAUGGACGAAGAUGACUUCGGAAGCAUUCUCGAGGAACCGCCAUCGGAUAUGGAUGUAUUCUCUGAGACGGGAAAUCAGUACCAUGAACUACAGUCCUGUAACUCAAUAUGCGGAAGUAUGCCAGCAGAUCAGCAGUCAUACCAACCGGAGUUCAACAGUGACUUUAUAAUAAUUCAGCCUGAAAGUUCCACGGAAAAUAUAUCCUACGAAGGUUCGGCGGAGCAUUUACGAAUGCCUACACAAACAACCGAUCUUAUUGAGCAUCAACAGUUGCCACUUCCACCAGCAGAACCACCUGAAUCCCAAUACCAUCCAACGGAUGAAGACAUUUUAUUUGUAUGCGCAGAAGAAAUAAUCAAUCUGGAUCCUCCUAUUCCGCAAGAGAAGGCACCCUUGGAGCAAACAACCGAGUCUUUUUCGCAUACUGCCACUCAGCAACCACCGCAACAACAAGGAAGAAUUUAUGUCUCCGAUAACUUGAUGGAACAUCACCAACCUGUUGUUCCUCUUUCUCCUUCUUCUCAGCCGUCUUCCUGUCUUUCGGGAACAGGAAUUUCCUCAGCUAUCACACCUCUCAGCAAAAUAGAACAAAUCCAUGGCGACGUAACACCCGCUAGUUGCCAACUGGAGAGUCCGGUGGCACAAGCAUCCACCGCUAGUCACCAUGAUAUGGCGAAGAGAGAGCGAACACGUAGUCGAGGUCGGCCCAAGGGAGCAAAACAAACCGGUAUCACUAAACUGAAAAAGUUGUACACAAAUCUAACUCCGUUGGAGGAAGGCUAUAAAUGUGAUCUGGUUGAUUGUGGAGCCCGGUUUCGACAGCCGGAUACGUUGGUUUAUCACAAAAGAUGUCACAUACAACCGAAUGAACUGGCGAAUUCAGAUGGAAUUCGCUGCCCAGAAUGUGGUUCGCAAGAGUUUCGUAAUUGGAACACGUUGCACACGCAUCUCUGGCGGGAGCAUUCGAUCGAUAUGGAACUCUACUCUUGUCAUUUGUGCAAUUUCAAGACUCCUGUAUUGUGUAGACUCAACAAUACCCAUAUGAAGAUUCACUCGGAUGAGAAAAACUUCAUUUGUGCAGUCUGUGACAAGGGCUUCAAAAAUAACAAACAGUUACGAAACCACCGGCGGUCGCAUCGUGAGCAGCCUCAGAUUCAGCAGGCAAAAGAACGGCAAGAAGAGCAAAGACACCAGAUAUGCAAACAACCUUCGCAGCCGGUGAAUUGCGUUAAAUGUGGAUUAAAAUUCUCGAAUCCAAAAAUUUUGAAAGCUCAUGUAGAAAGUAACCACGUACUGGAUGGAGAUCACUGUGUUAGUGGCGAAGGACGUAUGAAAUGUUCCAUUUGUGGAAUGGUGUUCAAAACGAGGUAUCUCCUGAAAUCCCACGUGGCAAAGCAUUCCGACGAAAAGAAGUUUAAAUGUUCCGAUUGUGAUUACUCUACUAAUGACCAUAAUGCUAUUCGGAGGCACAAAAUGCGACACAAUACUGAAGGACACAUGUACCGUUGUUCGUAUUGUGAUUACACCAGUAUCCAAAGUACAACCUACCGAAAACAUUUAGAACGGAUGCACGCAGACGUCGCGUCUAAUCUUCUCUACAAAUGUUCCAGGUGCACGUUCGUGUCAAUAAGUGAACUGAAAUAUCACCUCCACCGAGCUAAACACGAUGCCAAUGAGGACAUCACGGAAGAGGGGCUUGAAACAUCAACGAACGGGACCAUGGAUCCUGCAGAUCGUUCAAUGGAAGAGGAAGAACAGGAACGUCACUGCGAAAGUGUCAAUUCCGAUGUGGUUAUAGUUGAGAAAGAUCAAUCGGAACCACCAUUGGACGCUUUUUCGUUGAUUCCAUUACAACACACCGAUCCGCAGGAUCAUCAAUUUCCUUUGCAGCCGAUGAUACGAACGGCUGGAUUUGCAAACAACCUUUCAAAAGUGGACAAUUUCUAUGGAUACUCUAAUCCAACACUUGACAGCUCUAGUCACCACUAUCAGCAGCAAGGUGCAUUGCAAGGUUCUUCGCAGCAAGAAAUACAAAUGUUGCAAGGCGAUAUCAUACCUUCGUCAUCCACGACUAGUUCAUCUGGAGCGGAUAGCCAUCAGCACGAGUAUUUGGGUGAUUCCUUACUACAUGGUAUGGUACCGUUAAGCUACGGAGAGGAUGCACUAGGUAGUUAGACCGAUGCAAGGCUUGGAAGCAACUGUCCUGUGGGGUUUUUCGUAAAUGUGAUAUUAAAAUAAGGUUAGUUAGUUUAUUUAUUUUGGCAUAGAAAAUAUACUUUUUAUUUCUAGUAAA